AUGGCCCAGCUCCCUUCAAAGGUGCACCUCACCUCCCACCCCAUCCUCCUGAGGCGUAGGACCUCAGGGUAUGAGGACGAAAACAAUCGCACAUGGUUGCACCUCAUCAUGGAGACAGAAGAUGUCCUGAAAGUCCUGUUGCACCAGGUAGACAUCCCCAUUGAGGAUAUUGCACUCACCCCAAGCACGCUGACCUCGUUCACCAUGCCUUUGAUGUGGACGCUCCAAUCUGGUAGCCAGUACGUGGACAACAUGCACAGGUUCUGGCGCAUCGUGCGCCACGUAAAGGUGGAUGGAUUGGAGGAAAUGAUCCUUGAGCGGAUGGAAGACUCAUAG